AUGGCGACCACUUCCCAUAUGUUCAUGUACUCCUUGACCAUCCAACCUCCAACGGCGGUCACACAGGCUGUCCUCGGUCAGUUUGCUGGAACCAAGGAGCAACAGGUUAUCACGGCCUCGGGCUCUAAGCUCACCAUUCACCGGCCUGAAUCGACAUUGGGAAAGAUUACCCCAAUCUUCUCUCAGGAUGUUUUCGGUAUUAUCCGUUCCCUGGCGGUCUUCCGAGUUGCUGGAAGCAAUAAAGAUUACUUGAUCAUCGGCUCAGACUCGGGCCGCAUUACCAUCGUUGAAUAUGUUCCCUCUCAGAAUCGUUUCAAUCGAAUCCAUCUGGAAACAUUUGGCAAGUCGGGUGUUCGCAGAGUCGUUCCAGGUCAAUAUCUCGCAGUUGACCCGAAAGGGCGUGCUUGUUUGAUAGCCUCGGUGGAGAAGAAUAAGCUGGUCUAUGUUCUCAACCGCAAUUCCCAAGCUGAGCUCACCAUCUCAUCACCUUUGGAGGCGCACAAGCCCCAAACAUUGGUGUUUGCCAUGAUUGCUUUGGAUGUGGGUUACGAGAACCCUGUGUUUGCUGCCCUCGAAGUGGACUAUUCAGAAGCCGAUCAAGAUCCUACUGGUCAAGCAUAUGAAGAAAUCGAGAAGAUGUUGGUGUACUAUGAGCUGGAUCUAGGACUGAACCAUGUUGUCCGCAAGUGGUCCGAUCCCGUCGAUCGCACUGCCAAUAUGCUAUUUCAAGUCCCGGGCGGUUCAGAUGGCCCAAGUGGUGUUUUGGUUUGCGCUGAGGAUAAUAUCACCUACCGUCACUCAAACCAAGAUGCCUUCCGGGUUCCUAUCCCCCGCCGCAGUGGCCCCACGGAAAACCCUGAACGCAAACGCACCAUUGUUUCAGGCGUCAUGCACAAGAUGAGGGGUGCAUUUUUCUUCCUCCUGCAAACCGACGAUGGUGACAUCUUCAAGGUCAUGCUUGAUAUGGCCGAGGAUGACAAUGGCCAAUUGACUGGCGAGGUCCAGGGUCUUAAGAUCAAGUUCUUCGAUACAGUUCCCGUUGCCUCGAGUCUCCUCAUUCUCAAGAGUGGCUUCCUCUAUGUGGCUAGUGAAUCAGGCAAUCAUCAGUUCUACGAGUUUGAGAAGCUCGGUGAUGAUGAUGAAGAGGUCGAAUUUAGCAGUGAUUCGUUCCCUUCAGACCCAACUGCUCCAUAUGAACCAGUCUUCUUCCGUCCUCGGCCUGCAGAGAAUUUGAAUCUGGUUGAAUCCGUGAACUCUCUGAACCCGCUGAUUGAUAGUAAAAUCGUCAAUCUCACGGAGGAUGAUGCGCCGCAGAUCUAUUCUGUCUGUGGUACUGGCGCUCGCAGUACGUUCCGAACACUCAAGCAUGGCCUUGAGGUUUCAGAAUUGGUGGAGUCUGAACUCCAGGCAGUUCCUUCUGCUGUGUGGACCACCAAGCUCAGUCGUUCCGAUGAGUACGAUAGAUAUAUCGUACUGUCUUUUACAAACGGCACCAUCGUUCUGAGCAUUGGCGAGAUUGUGGAGGAAAUCACGGAAGAUUCCGGCUUUCUCUCCACAGCACCUACGUUGGCUGUCCAACAACUCGGCGAGGACUCCCUCAUUCAAGUUCACCCUCGUGGUAUUCGUCACCUGCUUGCCGAUCAUCGCGUCAACGAGUGGCCCGCUCCCCAACAUCGUUCUAUUGUCGCUGCUGCUGCAAACGAACGCCAAGUCGCCGUCGCCCUCAGUUCUGGAGAGAUCGUGUACUUCGAAAUGGAUGCCGAUGGAUCCUUGGCUGAGUAUGAUGAUAGGCGUCAAAUGUCCGGCACAGUCACUUGCCUCAGUCUUGGAGAAGUCCCUGAAGGCCGUGUCCGCAGUUCAUUUUUGGCUGUUGGUUGCGAUGACUCCACUGUCCGUAUUCUCAGCCUAGAUACAAAGAAUAUGCUGGAGAACAUGUCAGUUCAAGCCCUGACAUCGGCACCCUCUGCCCUCAACAUUAUGGCUAUGGCCGACUCUAGCUCCGGAGGCACCACCCUCUACCUGCAUAUUGGAUUGUACUCCGGUGUGUAUCUUCGUACUGUAUUGGACGAAGUCACCGGCGAACUAUCUGAUACUCGCACCCGUUUCCUCGGAGCAAAGCCUGUCAAGCUGUCCCAGGUUUCCGUCCAAGGCCAAACUGCCGUGCUUGCCCUGAGCUCUCGGUCAUGGCUGGGAUACUCUGAUAUUCAAACCAAGAGCUUCAUGCUCACCCCAUUGGACUACGCUGGUCUUGAAUGGGGAUGGAACUUCUCUAGUGAGCAAUGUCUGGAAGGCAUGGUCGGAAUCCAAGGUCGCAAUUUACGGAUUUUCUCUAUCGACAAGCUCAACAACAACAUGCUCCAGUCAUCUAUUCCCCUGGCUCACACCCCACGUCGCUUCGUGAAGCACCCUGAACAGCCCUUGUUCUACAUCAUUGAAUCCGACAACAAUGUGUUGUCCCCAGCCACACGAGAAAGUCUCAUUCGGGACUCCAAGGCUCAGAAUGGUGAUGCUGUUAGUCUGCCUCCCGCUGAGUUUGGUUAUCCCCGUGGCACAGGACACUGGGCAUCGUGCAUUCAGGUGGUAGACCCCACCAAUUCCAACGAGGUUGUCUUCACCCUGGACCUUGAGGACAAUGAGGCAGCUGUUAGCGUCGCUGUUGUUUCUUUCUCCAGCCAGGAUGAUGAAUCAUUUUUGGUUGUUGGAACUGCCAAAGAUCUGGAGGUCAGCCCACCAAAGUCCAAGGGGGGAUUCAUUCACAUUUAUCGCUUCCAAGAGAAUGGUCGCGAGCUCGAGUUCAUCCAUAAGACCAAGGUUGAUGACCCACCUCUCGCGCUCCUCGCCUUCCAAGGCAAGCUGCUUGCUGGAAUUGGCCCUAUUCUUCGCCUUUAUGAUCUUGGUGUGCGUCAGCUUCUGCGUAAAUCGCAGGCUCCUGUGGUUCCUUCCACUAUUGUCGGUCUUCAAACCCAGGGCAGCCGUAUCGUGGUUAGCGAUGUGCGCGAGAGUGUGACUUAUGUCGUCUACAAACACCAAGAAAAUGUUCUGAUUCCCUUCGUGGAUGACUCCAUUGCGCGCUGGACUACCUCUACUACCAUGGUCGACUAUGAAACUGUCGCCGGUGGUGACAAGUUUGGUAACCUUUGGCUCCUUCGAUGCCCCAACAAGAGCUCCGAAGAGGCCGAUGAGGAUGGCUCCGGUGCUCACCUUGUUCACGAACGAGGAUAUCUGCAAGGAACUCCGAAUCGUCUGGAGCUCAUGGUGCAUUACUACACCCAAGACAUCCCAACCAGUCUGCACAAGACGCAGCUGGUCGCUGGAGGCCGCGAUAUUGUGGUCUGGACUGGAUUCCAGGGAACAAUCGGCAUGUUUGUUCCCUUUGCUAGUCGUGAAGACGUUGAUUUCUUCCAAAGCCUGGAGACGCAGCUGGCUGCACAACAUCCUCCUUUGGCCGGUCGUGACCACUUGAUCUACCGCGGUUACUACGCACCGUCCAAGGGUGUUAUUGAUGGCGAUCUGUGUGAGAUGUAUUUUCUCCUGCCAAACAAUACGAAGAUGACGAUCGCAGCCGAGCUUGAUCGAUCCGUUAGGGAGAUCGAGCGUAAGAUUUCGGACAUGCGAACACGAGUGGCAUAUUAA